AUGGCUGGCUUGUGCAAGCGGAUCUUGUCUUGCCCCAGGGUUGCCCGCCAGUGGGGCAUACAGAUUCGACCCCAGAGCACUCGCGCCGCAUCAACACCUAAUGCCACCGUCGCCAUCCCUGAAUUACCUCCUCCGCAUUCCUCAACUAAACACUCUAAACUAUCAACACUCAAGUCUGCGAAGCCCUUCUCCGAAUUCCUCACCGAUACCUUCAAUCGCCAACAUGACUAUCUCCGCAUUAGCGUCACGGAACGGUGCAAUCUUCGGUGUCUGUACUGCAUGCCCGAGGAAGGCAUAGACCUCUCACCCUCUGCAAAACUACUUACAUCCCCGGAGAUUCUAUACCUGUCCUCGCUAUUUGUCUCACAAGGCGUGACGAAAAUCCGAUUGACGGGUGGGGAACCGACAGUCCGAAAAGAUAUUGUGCCGUUGAUGCAGGACAUUGGCAAGCUGCGACAAAAUGGGCUUCGGGAACUGUGUCUCACAACCAAUGGGAUCUCAUUACAUCGAAAAUUGGACGCGAUGGUGGAGGCUGGGUUGACGGGAGUCAAUCUCAGCCUUGACACGCUGGAUCCAUUCCAGUUCCAGAUCAUGACAAGACGCAAGGGAUUCGAUGCUGUGAUGAAGAGUAUCGAUCGCAUUCUGGAAAUGAAUAAGGUCGGUGCGGGGAUCAAGCUGAAGAUUAAUUGCGUUGUUAUGAGGGGAAUGAACGACCGAGAGAUCCUCCCGUUCGUAGAAAUGGGUCGCGAGAAACCGAUUGAAGUGCGCUUCAUCGAGUAUAUGCCUUUUGGCGGGAACAAAUGGAACCAGGGGAAGAUGUUCUCGUAUCAGGAGAUGCUGGCUGUUAUCCGAGAGAAGUAUCCCACAUUCGAAAAAGUGGCCGACCACAAGAAUGACACGAGUAAGACAUACCGUGUUCCUGGGUUCGAAGGCCGCGUGGGAUUUAUCACGAGCAUGACACACAACUUCUGUGGUACCUGCAACCGGCUACGCAUUACGAGCGACGGGAAUCUCAAAGUCUGCCUGUUUGGUAACUCCGAGGUCUCCUUGCGGGAUAUCAUUCCGCGCCUUAGUGACGAAGGCGGCUUGGUGAAUGAGCGAGAACGUGAGAUUCUUGAUAUCAUCGGCAUGGCAGUGAAACGAAAGAAGGCGAAACACGCCGGCAUGGCGCAACUGAAGGAUAUGAAGAACCGCCCUAUGAUCUUGAUUGAUAAUAAACCCAGACCAUGGGGGUCAGGAUUUCACUCUUGGUCAACAAUACCAGUACAUAUGCUCUCGCAUCUCCCUGCAUAUUCCCAAAGUCGUCUCUACCACACUGGGCGCUCUAAACCAGAGACCGAAGACUGUAUCCCUCGCCCAUCUCCCUCUCUACCCACCACCUCAGACGCCGACCUCCCUCACCUCACACCAUCCAAAACCGUACACAUGACCCAGAUCACCGAAAAGCCAGAAACAAAGCGCGUCGCCACAGCCGCCUGCACCGUCUCCUUCUCGAACGCACGACCUUGGGAAAUCCUCCGCGAAGGCCAAACCACGCACAAAGGCGACGUCUUCAGCGUUGCCCGGAUCGCAGGUAUCAUGGCCGCGAAAAGAACGCCCGAUAUUGUGCCCCUUUGUCAUCCCGGCAUUGGCAUUACCGGGGUCGAGGUCAGCGUGGAACUGGUUGGGCCUGCGCAGGACAGGGAUCACGGCGCCAUGCAUGUCGUGGCAUCGGUCAGCUGCUUUGGUCGCACCGGGGUGGAAAUGGAGGCUAUGACGGCUACUAUGGGUGCGGCUUUGACGGUUUAUGAUAUGCUUAAGGCUGUGGAUAAGGGGAUGGUUAUUGAUUCUGUUAGAUUGCUGGAGAAACAAGGUGGGAAGAGUGGGCAUUGGGUACGGGAAUAA